GUUCCCCGGCGGGCGGUGAGGCAGAAAGCGCAGGGCGGAAAGAGGAGCCCCAGCACCUCAGAGCUGUCGGGCCAUAGCCAAGAAGCAAAGCACCGGAGCGCUGCGGUGCCAGCAGCCGGACUAGGGAUGACCGGCAGGUUUGCGCUGGACCCAACCCCGAGGGCGGUCAGGCGCAAGGGGGCGGGCGCUGCCGUACUCCGGCCGCGGGGUCAGGGCGGGCCGGCCGGCGGGGCAUUUAAACCCCGCUGACAGCCAGUCCUGCCCGGGACACGCGCCCAGCUCCGUAGCCUCCUCGGUCGACUCAGCCUUGGGUACCGGUCGGGCAAAAUGCGGUCGUCUCUGGCUCCGGGAGUCUGGUUCUUCCGCGCCUUCUCCAGGGACAGCUGGUUCCGAGGCUCCAUCCUGUUGCUGACCUUCCUCAUUUACACCUGCUAUCACAUGUCCAGGAAGCCCAUCAGUGUUGUCAAAAGCCGUCUGCACCAGAACUGCUCGGAGCAGAUCCAACCCAUCAAUGAUACUCACAGUCUCAAUGACACCAUGUGGUGCAGUUGGGCCCCAUUUGACAAGGACAACUACAAGGAGUUGCUGGCGGGCGUGGACAACGCCUUCCUCGUCGCCUAUGCCAUUGGCAUGUUCAUCAGUGGGGUUUUCGGGGAGCGGCUUCCGCUCCGUUACUACCUCUCAGCUGGAAUGCUGCUCAGUGGCCUUUUCACCUCACUCUUUGGCCUGGGAUAUUUCUGGAACAUCCACGAGCUCUGGUACUUUGUGGUCAUCCAGGUCUGUAAUGGGCUCGUCCAGACCACAGGCUGGCCUUCUGUGGUGACCUGCGUUGGCAACUGGUUCGGGAAGGGGAAGCGGGGGUUCAUCAUGGGCAUCUGGAAUUCCCACACAUCUGUGGGCAACAUCCUGGGCUCCCUGAUCGCCGGCAUCUGGGUGAACGGGCAGUGGGGCCUGUCGUUCGUCGUGCCUGGCAUCAUUACUGCCAUCAUGGGCGUCAUCACCUUCCUCUUCCUCAUCGAACACCCAGAAGAUGUGGACUGCUCCCCUCCUCAGCACCAUGGUGAGCCAGCUGAGAACCAGGACAACCCUGAGGACCCUGGGAACAGUCCCUGCUCUAUCAGAGACAGCGGCCUUGAGACUGUGGCCAAAACCUCCAAGGGGCCAUGCGAAGAGCCUGCUGCCAUUGACUUCUUUGGGGCGCUCCGGAUCCCAGGCGUGGUCGAGUUCUCUCUGUGUCUGCUGUUUGCCAAGCUGGUCAGUUACACCUUCCUCUACUGGCUGCCCCUCUACAUCUCCAAUGUGGCUCACUUUAGUGCCAAGGAGGCUGGGGACCUGUCUACACUCUUUGAUGUCGGUGGCAUCAUAGGCGGCAUCAUGGCAGGGCUCAUCUCUGACUACACCAAUGGCAGGGCCACCACUUGCUGCGUCAUGCUCAUCUUGGCUGCCCCCAUGAUGUUCCUGUACAACUACAUUGGCCAGGACGGGAUUACCAGCUCCAUAGUGAUGCUGAUCAUCUGCGGGGGCCUGGUCAACGGCCCCUACGCGCUCAUCACCACUGCUGUCUCUGCUGACCUGGGCACUCACAAGAGCCUGAAGGGCAACGCCAAAGCCCUGUCCACGGUCACGGCCAUCAUCGACGGCACCGGCUCCAUAGGCGCAGCUCUGGGGCCUCUGCUGGCUGGUCUCAUCUCCCCCACGGGCUGGAACAACGUCUUCUACAUGCUCAUCUCUGCCGACGUCCUAGCCUGCUUGCUCCUCUGUCGGUUAGUGUACAAAGAGAUCUUGGCCUGGAAGGUGUCCCUGAGCAGAGGCAGCGGGUAUAAAGAAAUAUGAGGCCCCAGUUGGACGAGCAGCAUGGAACGCCCCAGUUGGGUCCCCAGUGUGCUCCCCAUGGGCAAGACAAUGAAAACUUCCACAAGUAAGGAAGGCAACCCCUCUUAACUGAACAUCAGCCAGCCCAGUCCAGACCCAGGGCUACCUAAGGAUACAGAGAUUCUCCAUGGGAAGGGGACUGCCAAGCAUGAGGAAAUAGAAGAUUCAGGGGCCUGAGCUCUGGAAGCUGCAAGCAAAGGCCAUGGGACUGGGGCUGAGUUGUGUCUCCAUUUUGAUAAGGGAAGGAUAUGCGCAGACUCUUGCUUGUUCAGAUUCCAAGACAGAAGGCUUCACAAGGCCAAGGCCUGGAAAAUGUGCGUCUCUCCUUCCCAUGUUAAAUUUUAAUCUCUGUGAUCUGCCUGUAUCUAUAGGUGGGCAUCUCACUCCGUCAAAGGAGCCCAGCCUCUCUUUGUCCCUCUAUCCAUGAAACAGCCUUCUCUGUGCAUUUCCCCAAGCUGGGCCCUCUUCUACAGCCUCAAUAGGCCUGUUGAUAACUCCCUUACCUGCCCGUCACUGCUGUUUCUCCAGGGCCAACACUCGGGCGAGACAGGGGAGCUGCCUUUGGUACAUACUUUGAGGGGGCACUCCCUCUUGGCCUCCCUUGCCUCACUCUGAUCCUGGCCCCGUAAUGUCCUCAGUGGAAGGUGACUGGGGGCCAGUGCUGUGGGGAGAGUAGAAAGAGGGGUUGGCAUGACUAAAAAUACCAGUAUGUGUAUUAAGUAUUUUGAGAAUGAAAUGCCAAGGAGUGCCUACUGUAUGCCAGCUCUGCUCUAGGAAUGGAGUAGACAAUGGACACAAGAAGGACUUACACUCUGAGCACAGGUGCCAGCGGUGACAAGACUGGCAAGAUGUGAGGGCAUGCAUGGUUCAUUCAGGCAGUUGCUGCAGGUGUGGUCACCUGGCGCCAUCUGCCGCUCCCUUUUCCACUUUUCUAUAUCCUCCUUCCACCCCCAAGUCCCGGAUCACUCAGUCUUCUGGCUAGCUCUUGGCAUCUCCAUCUGACCCUAAAGUUGCCCAUUGGCACCAAUAGAUUCCCUUUGACCUGCUGCGCCCAUGCUCAUCCUUGUUGGGGCUUGGCUCGGCAGUGAGCGGGGCUCGCAUGGGCUGCUGAAGUGGGGUCCCAGGACCACCAGGGGGGUAGGUUAAAGCUGCUGACAGUGGGCGUUCCUGAGAGGGAUGCUCAGGACACUGAUGAUGUGUGGGCAAACUGGGAGCUUAGGGCGCCAUACAAGAUACAAGCCUUGCAUUUCCUGGGAUGUGGUGGGCUGGUGCAUUAGCCAGAUACACACCCUUCCACGCUGAAGCAGGCUGCACAGGCGCCAAUGGCAGCCAACAGGGGAGGCUCCUCCUGCCUGCAGUCACUUCAGCUCUGAGUGUAGGAGUCAGCCAGGGACCUCCAAGUCCUCAGAGCCCACAGGGGCAAGAGCUAUACUCUGGCCUUAUGUUCAGCAUUCACGAAAGCUGCUCUCCGCUGCUCUUUGACAUUGAGAAUGAAAUGAAAUUAGUUAUUCAUUUAAUUUAACUUCACAUUUGGUCUCAAUUAAGCUUAAAAUGUUCUUCCUUAUAGAUGCUCCAAUAGCUCUUGUAAUUAAGGAGCUUAAGGAGAAGCUGUGUUGCUUACAUGCGCCACUAGAUGGUGACCCAAUCCCAUCAUACAGCCCAGGGUGGGCUGCGGGUCCAUCCUGCUUCCCGGGAGUCAGGAGCGGGCGCCUCUUGACUUUUCCGACUUUCAGCUUUCUGCUUCAGAGGGCAGGGGAGGAGGAAUGGGUCUCUCGAGGUCUUCUCUUCGCCAGCUGCACUGCUUACUAACUUUAAGCCUGUUUCGUCAUCAGGAAAAUGGUGACAUUACCUACCUCAUAGGAUUGGUAUGAAGGGAGACAAACAUACUCACCACACUCCUGCCCUUGGAGAACUUGUCUAGUUAGGGGAUAAGUAGGAAAAUACACGGAGACAGUGGCUCCAGGUGAGAGCUAUGCUGUUCGUUAGUCCAGCCAUGCAGGAACAGGGCUGGCAGGAGGGCGAUUCCAGGGGCAACGGCAAGAGUCCUUCUUCCUUAUGAAGGCAGAAUUCUCAGGACCCGGAUGAUUCAUUUGCUAAGGUAGUGGGGGGUAGUGGAAGAGGGAGGAAGUUAACACAAAUACUUAUCCAACUCCUACGAUGUUAGGCCUUAGAGACAGAAAACUGAACAAAUGGCAUUGGCUCCUACCAGCAGGUAAGUGUAGCACUAGAUCCAUGCGAAAGGCAUUGUGGGAGCUCAGGGUCUGGCCUCAGAAAUGAGGACUUAGGCUGUGGGUAGGGAGUUGGGAAAAAUACCAAAGGUUGGCGGAACCCCAGCCCUGAGAUCUGCCUGUCUGCACCCAUCUCCCAGGUCGCAGGUUGCUGGCCCUGUUUGGGCAGCUCUGGGCACGGCCUGUUCACCAGAGGCCUGGUACCUGCCUUCUCCCUGGGCCUCAGCACUCACACGGGGCUAAUGUAGGAGCAUUACGUUAAUUAGUUAUUCAUUUAAUUUAACUUCACAUUUGGUCUCAAUUAAGCUUAAAAUGUACUUCCUUAUAGAUGCUACAAUAGCACUUGUAAUUAAAAAGCAAUAACUCUUUGCGUUUCUCCCUUAGAGAUCCACUGGGAAGCUGGGCAAGUGUGUGUGGGGUGGCUGGGGGAGGAGGAGGAGGCAAGAGGCAAAGAAAAGAAAGGCACAGAAGCUCUUGGUCGGUCCUAACACCAUGAGGCCACAGCUAAGACUGAGGCUGGCAGGAGGAACUCAGCACGUCCUGGGUGUCUGAGUGGGGGUGGGAGCGUUGCUGUUGGGAAUCCUGAAACGUGACAGAGGAGCAGACCUCCUCCUGAAAGGCGUGGAGGCAGGGAGGGUGGCAGAUGGGGGUGGAAGGAGGCAAUGCUCGGAGUUACAGAGGCGGCCCUGUAUUCUGUGGUAGGUGCAAUGUGCCCCCACAAGAUGUCCACAUCCUCAUUUCCAGAACCAGUGAAUGGUACCUUACAUGACAAAUGAGAUUUCUGCAUAUGUGAUUAAGGAUCUUGAGAUGGAAUGACUGAUGGGGUGGACCCAGUGGAAUCAGGACUCCGUAUGCAUCACAGAGGGAGGCAGGAGUGUUGGGGACUGGCAGAUGCCGCUCUGCUGACCUUGAAGACUGAGGAAGGGUCCACCAGCCAGGGGGACGGGGGUGGCCUCUAGAAGGUGGCAAAGGCAAGGAAAAGGGUUCUCCCGAAUCUCCAAAGCCUUUCCUUCACCCCCUGAAACCCAUUUCUGGUUUCUGACCUCUGGAGUGAUAAAUGUGAAUUGUUCGAAACCAGUAAGUCUAUGGCAAUGUUACAACAGUAACAGGAAAUUGAUAAUAUUCCCAGUGUAAAACUGGGGUAUGACCAGUUUAAAGGCAGGAAAAUAACCACAGGCAAACAAAAGAUACCCCAAAGCUUAAAACAAGUGAAGGGGCUGGCCUCGUAACAGUUAGGCACAGCGUAAGGGCUACUGUGUGACGACCUCACCCAAGAGUUCUCUGAGGGCAGGACUUGGACUAAAUGCACAGACUGUAUCAUCCCCAGCAUGAUGUGAUGAAAACCAUUAAAAACACACUUUCUCAUUC